AUGCGUCGUGCACUAAUGAGGUGGAUUUUGCAGACCACCUGCUCCAUCCUUCUCGCUCCAUCACAUCAGAAGGCAGCGGCGUAUGGGCGUGCACUGCAUUUCGAAUCUGGGGGAGUAGAAGCGACCGGCCCGUGUCCCGACAUGCGGCAGGUGAGAGGGAAGCGGCUCGUUCCCAUGCUCCCAGAGAGAGAAAAUAGUCCCGCGUUGGAGGUGGGAGGUCCCGGCGUGGCAGGGACUUGGCAGAGGGGAACAGAGCACAGGCCGCUACACGCUGAGGCACCACCCACUGACGAGAGGCUCUUUCCAGGAAUCUCACCACCGCAGCCAUUCAUGUCAGCGGAGGGACUGGCGCAAUCAUAA